CGCUACAGAAGCAGCCCCUCGCGAUGCUUUUCCAAACAGGUUAACAUUUGUAGAGAAGAGUCGUGAUGGCGUAUCGGAGUGUAUGCUUGUUGAGUGCAACGCAAGUAUCCAAUACAUAGACAAGAAGCAAACAUGUAUUACGAUAAAAGGAACCGAUAUCGCAACUAUCCGGCUCGAUGGACGCCUCGGCAGGGCAAUAUACGAUACGCAGUUCUAUAAUACCACUGAGGUCAAAAUAUAUGGUAGGUACGACGUAACCAAUGUGUUUGGUGCGUACGGUAGCGGUAUCGUAAAGAAUCUCGCGCUAGUUAGUACUUAGCUAUCGAGUUUUAAAACAUUCCAUUGACUAUUAACAAUCAUUACAAACUGUUAUACGCAUCUUUCUUAUCCAGUUUGAGAAGCAGGCCACGUGCCAAGCCUCUUAUAUAUUGCAUAUCACAUACCUUAUAUGCUUGUGUUAUAUAUCUACGGAUAAGAUCCACUUGUCUUUUUUCAUAAAUAGAUGCAGCAACUUCAAGCCAAUUCUUCAACAGCUUUAUGUGUUCUUCUCGGUUAAAUUCUACCGGUGUUACUGUGUCAUUAGGCAAACAUGACAUGACAGACAUAAGACCAUCGCACCUGAUUAUACUUUUAUUGAACAUAAUGUAGUUAUACUCGGCGCGUUCAUGCUCGACGAACCUAAGAGCGAUGGACACUACACAUAGCGGUUCUAACAAGGCUAGGCAGGUUGGGUCUGUAAGCUUUAUUCUGCACAUACCGCAGCCCUUUAUGGUAUCGUCCAUCACAUUUAUUUUACCGUAGUUAGCACAUGCCAUGCUUACAUCAUUUAUAGCAAUAAGAGCGCAACGCUGUUGCGCUGCCGCGCACCUAUAUACCAAGUGUGUUAUUGUGACCAGUCGUGAAACAUGUUGACAACAGCCAGUAACCUAGUGCAUGAAGAUGGAAUAUGCGCCGCAAAAUGCGGUAACCACUGGUUUGUAGAUGGCACACUGGGAGACAUGACAUUUUCACCAGAAAAUAUGAAGGCAUGCCUGUGCAAACUAGUCAAUAUACUUAUGUCUUCAGGCUAUCCACAGAGAAUGUUUCCAGGAGACCAGAUAUUGUUUUGUUGCAACGGAGAUGUCGAGAUUGACUUGUUUGUAUGUGGUGAUAUUAUCGAUAUGGAUAUAUACUUAACUAACAUAAAAGAAACAGUUGUUGACAUUAUCGGCAACUGGAACGCCACUAAGCUGUUAUAUGCCAUGAUACAGGAUAAAUCAAGCAGGGACAUGCUGAUAUUCGCCAGUGGUUAUAGAGCCAAGAUCGAGCUCGAACAAGCGGAUUGCCUUGCUGGUACCAUUGAACGCCUUGAUGUCGUUACUAUCAAGGAAGAGCUUCUCGAUCGUCGCACCUCAGCUACAUGUAUGUAGUUCUGCGGAACGCAACGAUGUUGCGCUCCUAUACGGUAUAGUACAGACAACUGCAACUUACGUUAUGGACGAGCGCAGGGUACACACUCUUGACGAUGAAUUCAUCCUACACAACGAACCUUACAAGUAUGUACUGACAGCAGCUGCAUUCCGUCAUGUGGACCAAGAAGCCGAUUAUGAUCUUGAGCUCUCGAUGCAUAGACUGCAUACAAGCGGAUCGAGAUCAGUGCUGCGCAUUUGCUGCACUGCCCAAGUCGACAUUUCAGGAGAGACAGUAAUGAUUAUGAUCAGCUCUUCCGAGAUGUUCAAUGCACAUCUUGACAUGCAACGGGGUAUAAAGAUCUACGACCGUUAUAUCAGCAACAAGGGUAUCAUAGUUAUAAAAGGAAGGUUAAUUAACGGCAAUGAUACUGACAACUUCACUAUCGACCAUAUCUCGUUUCCUCUUGACAUGCCAGAAAUCACAGCGUUCUCAGACAAGGUCGAGCACUAAAGUCUACCGAACAGCCAUAUAGUAUGCGAGUGUUUUAAAAA